AUGCCCUGCCUCGCCUCAGGUUGCGCAUCUUCGACCGCAUCGGAAGUCCCAGUUCCAAAACCUCGUCGCCGAUUGAGCGUGGGCCAGGUUGAUGAGAGCGAGCUUCCGGGUCAUGAGGACUCCCAGGCAGAGCAAGAUCGUGGCCUGAUUGCCGCAUUCAGCAAGAACACCCUCAUCGAGAUGGUGUCCGAGACCGACCAAACUCCCAAGGCGAAAAGCGGACGGCGGGUUUCCCUCAGCUCGAAAACGGACAAGGGAACAACCUCCUUCGCCAACAAGACCAUGCAGAAGUUCGGAGACACCGAUGUGGACAUCGCGCAGUGCGGAAUCGGCUACACGUGCCGCAAGGGGUUGAAGCCGGAGAGUCCCAACCAGGAUUCCUGGUUUGUGCUCAAGAUGGAGAAUUUCUCGCUCUACGGCGUUUUUGAUGGUCAUGGACAGAAGGGGCAUGAUGUCUCAAACUUCGCGAUGGACAUGUUGCCGAAGUGCCUCAUCAAG